AUGCACAAUUAUACUGAGUAUCGAGUUCUGAGAGAUGGCAUAAAAAUUUGUAACUCCACUGGUAAUUACGUACGGAAUAUUUGGAAAGAACGCAAUAAAUGGGUAAAGGCAAAAAUACAUCAAAAAAGUUGCAAUAAACCCAUUAGGGAGUCAUGGUUGUACCAAAAGUAUUACACUGUGAAUAAGCAGUUCACUGUCUAUUUGGGACGUCGUGGUCAAUAUUUCACAAGAAAUGACUAUGGGGUGGAUGACGGUAAACCUUUCACAUGCCAAGAAAAGUUCAGACCCGAAUCAUCAGAGUAUACCCUGGAAGAUCUAUUAAUGUGCAACAAUUCAAUUUUCAAUAUAAAAUACGAUGAUGAAUACAAAGUUCUGACAGACUUUUCAAUACUCUACAAGAACAAGGUGUACGAUUAUACUGAGUAUCGAGUUCUGAAUGAUAGCAUAAAGAUUUGUAACUCCACUGAUAACUGCGUAAGGAAUAUUUGGAAAGUACGUAAUAAAUGGGUAAAGGCAAAAAUUCAUCAAAAAAGUUGCAAUAAACCCAUUAGAGAGUUAUGGUUGUACCGAAAGUAUUACACUGUGAAUAAGCAGUUCACUGUCUAUUCGGCAGCUGAAGGUCAACAUUUCACAAGAAAUGAGUAUGGGGUGAAAAACAGUAAACCUUAUACAUGCGAUGAAAAGUUCAAACCCGACUCAACAGAGUAUACCCAGGAAGAUCUAUUAAUGUGCAACGAUUCAAUCAUCAAUAUAAAAUACGAUGAUGAAUACAAAGUUGGACUGACUUUUCAAUACUCUACAAGAACAAGGUGUACGAUUAUACCGAGUAUAGAAUUUUGAAUGAUGUCAUAAACAUUUGUAACUCCACUGAUAACUACGUAAGGAAUAUUUGGAAACUACGUAAUAAAUGGGUAAAGGCGAAAUUAUAUCAAAGAAGUUGAAACGACAGUAUUACACUGUGAAUAAGUAGUUCACUGUCUAUUCGGGACGUCGUGGUCAAUAUUUCCGAAGAAAUGACUAUGGGGUGAAAGACGGUAAACCUUUUACAUGCCAAGAAAAGUUCAGAUCCAUAUCAACAGAGUAUACCCAGGAAGAUCUAUUAAUGUGCAAGGAUUCAAUCAUCAAUAUAAAAUACGAUGAUGAAUUCAAAGUUCGGAGUGACUUUUCAAUACUCUACAAGAACAAGGUGUACAAUUAUACGGAGUAUCGAGUUCUGAAUGAUGGCAUAAAGAUUUGUAAUUCCACUGAUAACAACGUCAACGUACGAAAUAUUUGGAAAGCACGCAAUAAAUGGGUAAAGAUUGCAAUGCAUCAAAAAAGUUGCAAUAAAUGUAAUGGACAUAUACACUGAGUUCGACCGAUGGGAAUACGCUGUGCUCAAGGAUUUUAGAGUUCGCAUUUUGGCAGCAAAGCAGCUGAUACAAAAUACGAUUAUGUUCUGUUUGAAGGUAAACUUAUGACAUGUGUGACAGCAUGCGCCAAUUUUACCUUCACUAUAAAGUAUGAAGACGAAUACAGAGUAUGGAACAACUUCUCAAUGAUGUACCAAGGUCGAAUGUACUCUUAUGAUGAGUACAGAAUAACGUACUAUGGUCUACAAGUUUGUAAUUCUUCUGACCGUCUUAUUAAAGAAAAAUGGGGGAAUUUCAUUGUUUCAGAAAAAAUAACAAUAGCUUUCCAAGAUUGUAAUGUAUCGGUGGACGGUUUUUACUCCGAAAAUUACACAUUACAUACAAACUUUACUGUUCUCUUCAAACCUACCAAUCAAAUUUUCAGAAGGCAAAAUUACGGAGUGAUUAUGGGGUAUUUUGCAAUUUGUUCAAGCAAGCUCACAUUGUCCUGCAAUGAUGAUUUGGUCAAAGUGAAGUACGGUGAUCAAUACAAUGUUUUUAAAAACUUUUUUUCGCUGGUUUACAACAACAAGAUAUACGAUUAUCGCGAAUAUCGAUUCAGCCACAACAGUCUCGAAAAGUGUGCUUCCAAUGAUUCAAGAGUUCAGGCGAUUUGGAGAACGCAAAAUUCGUGGCAAAAGUCAUUAUCCGCAUCCUGUAAUGGUUCUUAUAAAUUAAAUGCAAGAUACUACACUGUGACAAAGCAGUUUGCUGUGUAUUCGGCAGAUAACGGUCAAUAUUUCAAAAGAAAUGACUACGCAGUGCUAGACGGUAAACUUUAUGUAUGCGGCAAAGAAAACUUAAGACCAAUUUACGUAAUUACAAACUUUAAGAUUAUUAUAGCACCAUUAUGUGCUUUAGCGCUUUCUAUUAUUUCUUUGCUGUUGUUGUUGAUAGUUUACUGCAUGCUUCCAGAACUGCGCACACUUCCUGGUUUGAAUUUAAUAAGUUUUAGCUUCGCCUUGCUGUUGUGGCAGACUUAUACCUUGUAGUAUUUCUGUCACUGUAUUCUCAUGUAGGUAAACUGUUUGAGAUACCGUGUGCUAGGCUGUUCGUAGCAAAUAAGUUUAUGGCGUAUAGCAUAAUUAUGAAUGCUGCUGUUAAUAUCCAUCACUUAAGGAAAACAUUUUGUGGCAAUACUCUAGUGAAAUCUGAUGAACUGAAGGAGUGGAACAGGUUUUUGAAGUAUAGUUUCUUUAGCUGGGGAGUUCCCAUCAUUAUAACGAUUGUUCACAUUGUACUAGUAAAGGAAGAUGUUCUAAGGUUUGAUCAACCUAUUGCGUCUGCAGUGAAGAACGACGUUCAGUCGAGCUUAAGAUUUUAUCGACGCAUUGCGAAUGGAAAUGCGACGGCAAAUAAUAUAGGGAUUUAUCACCGUGUUGCAUCCUUGAAGGAUAAUGUCCUGCAGUCAAAGUCAAGGUUAAAUCAAAGUACUGACAAUGUACUUGAAGAUGCCCAGUCAAAGUUAAAUCAAAGCAUUGUACUUGGGAAGGAAGAUGCGACGGAAGAUGAUGCAAGGAUUUAUCAACCUAUUGUAUCUUUGAAGAAAGAUGUUCAGUCAAGCUUAAAGUUUUAUGAACGGAUUGUAUUUGCGAAUGGAGAUGGGAAGGAAGAUGAUGCUAGGAUUUAUCAACAGAUCUCUGGAGAUUGUAUCAAUGGUCGAAUUACUCCCGAUUGGUCAGCUGCUGUUGAUGUAUAUGGCCUUCAAGGCUGUCUUUUGUUGUACAUUAUUGGAAUGUUCAUCUUCACUGCUUAUCGAAUUCGCCAAAAACUCAAGGCAAGCAGGAACAUUGCACAGAAAUCAAAUGUUGUUAAGCGUCGUAAAUUUGUCAUAUUGCUCAAGUUGUCAACUACUACAGCCUUAAGUUAUUGGUUUCCUCUCUUCAUAUCUAGAAUCGUGGAAUUUGAUUUCGACAUAAAGAUAGCACUGUAUACUGUAACGUUGCUUACUGGUGCCUACAUUGGUAUUGCGUUUGCAUGCCUUCACACGAAGAAAUUAUCGGUCGCUCAAGAAAAAAUAUUUCCCAGCAAACAAUAA